GGUGGGCGCGCAAGAGAUAUUUCGGUUAGAUCAAUUCAAGCAUUGGGAGGUCCUGUUACGUUACAACGAGAAACAAAGGGAGGACAAACAGCAACAGAAGCAGCAAGAACGAGAAGAACAAUCCUAAGAAGCACAAGUCAACCGCCGCGUCAGAUUCGCCGUCGAUUGAUCCACGAACGCAUCCACGAAUAAACCCACACACACAAACAUGCAUAUUUCAGCAAAGCUCCAGGCUGCGGCCAAGGAGAAGAAGGCCACCUACUCAUUCGAGUUCUUCCCGCCCAAGACGGCCCAAGGUGUCCAAAACCUCUACGAUCGCAUGGACCGCAUGCACAACUUUGGCCCUUCCUUCAUCGACAUCACAUGGGGUGCUGGUGGGAGGCACGCCUCGCUGACCUGCGAGAUGGUCAAGGUCGCCCAGACCGUCUACGGUCUCGAGACUUGCAUGCACUUGACUUGCACCGACAUGCCCAAGUCAAAGAUCGACGAUGCACUAAAGGAAGCCCAUGAUGCCGGCUGUACGAACAUUCUGGCUCUCAGAGGCGACCCGCCGCGUGAGAAGGAAAAGUGGGAGGCUACAAGUGGAGGCUUCAGAUACGCAAAGGAUCUUGUCAAGUACAUCAAGGAGACUUACGGCGAUCACUUCGACAUUGGUGUCGCUGGCUACCCUGAAGGCUGCGACGACAAUGACAACCCCGAGGAGCUGAUCCAGCACUUGAAGGAGAAGGUUGACCUCGGUGGUACCUUUAUCGUCACACAGAUGUUCUACGAUGCCGACAUCUUCCUUGACUGGGUCAAGAAGGUCAGAGCUGCUGGAAUCGACGUCCCCAUUGUACCUGGUAUCAUGCCCAUCUCGACCCACGCCGCUUUCUUGAGACGCGCAAACUGGUCCAACAUUCACGUUCCUCCUCACUGGCACGAGGCUCUUGAGCCUGUCAAGAACGAUGAUGCUGCUGUAAGAGAUGUUGGCACUGGCCUAGUUGUCGAACUGUGCCGCAAGUUGAUGGACAACGGCAUUCAGCACUUGCACUUCUACACCAUGAACCUUGCACAAUCCACUCGCAUGAUUCUCGAAGAGCUCAGCAUCACUCCUUCGCAAGACACUCCUCUUGAGAAGCCUCUUCCCUGGAGGCAGUCGCUUGGACUCAACCGUCGCGAUGAGAACGUUCGUCCCAUCUUCUGGCGCAACCGUAAUCGCUCAUACAUUGCACGCACCCAAGACUGGGAUGAGUUCCCCAACGGUAGAUGGGGUGACAGUAGAUCUCCCGCUUACGGUGAGCUUGACACUUACGGUAUCGGUCUGAAGGGUACCAACGAGCAGAACCGCAAGCUUUGGGGAGAGCCCAAGUCCUUUGGCGAUGUUGCUACUCUUUUCGCCAACUACAUGCAAGGCAAGGUCGAGUCUUUGCCUUGGAGUGAGAGUCCCAUUACUGAUGAGGCCGACGCUCUCCGCAAGGACCUGAUCAACCUGAACCAGCGUGGUCUCUUGACCAUCAACUCUCAGCCUCCGGUCGAUGGCGCCAAGUCCAGUCAUCCUGUCUACGGUUGGGGUCCUCGCAAUGGUUACGUCUACCAGAAGGCAUACCUCGAAGUCCUGGUCUCUCCUGAGCUGAUUUCCGAACUUAUUACUCGCAUGGAGCGUAAUCCCAACAUCACCUACUUCGCUGUCAAUCAGCAUGGUGAUUUGAAGACAAACUCACCUGAUGAAGGUCCCAACGCCGUCACAUGGGGUGUCUUCCCCGGUAAGGAGAUUGUUCAGCCCACCAUCGUCGAGACUGUCUCCUUCCUCGCAUGGAGAGAUGAGUUCUACAGACUCGGAAGCGACUGGUCUCGCUGCUAUGAUGCCACAUCUCCUUCCCGCUACGUCAUUGACGAUUUGAUGCAAAACUGGUACCUGGUCAACAUCGUCAACAACGACUUCCGUGAGCAACGUGGUAUCUUCCCACUCUUCGACGAACUUGAGGUCCCCGACUUGAACAAGGAGAUCGCCGCUCCUGAGGCCCCUCAGAAGGUCAACGGUGCCACCAACGGCGAGAAGCACGAAGAGGAGCCCAAGGUCGGCAAUGGCGAUGUUACCGAUUCCAAGAUCCCCGACAGCGUGCACAAGAAGCUGGAGACACAGAUCAACGGCGCCGAAGAGAAGCCCGACACCGAGCCCAAGGACGCAACCGCCCACAACACCGGCGCCGGACCCUCCACCUCCGUCUAAGCAUCAUAAUCACAACCUAUGCUUUUGUCAACCAACAAGAAGCAACGACACUUUCCUUGUCUUAUAUCUUUGCAUUUUUCAGCAUUCCACUUGAGAGUUAUCCAACCAACUUCUCAUUACGAUCUUCUUCAACAAGAAGAUAUUCAACACCCCCUGAUCAAUCGAUCAACAUCAACGAACCAACCCAGCAUUUACAAUCCGGCGUUUGAAACGACUUACCCUUAACGUGGCAUGAAACAAAAAGCGAGAGAUACCCCCAUUCAACCGGG